AUGUCUCUGGAGGAUCCGCUCAUCUGGACCCCCGAGGACAGCAGCGCUUCCCCCCCGAAUGUCUCCGAAGCGUUUUGGGACUCAGCAGGAGAGCAGCAGCGGUACAACAUCUGGCUCCCGGGCUUCGGGAUCGCCGCCGUUUAUGGGUUCAUCAUCAUCGUGGGUCUCGUUGGAAAUGUCACCCUAAUGAAGACGUGUCUGCAGGUGAAGUCCAUGCGCACGGUGCCCAACCUGUUCCUGUCCAGCCUGGCUCUGGGCGACCUGCUGCUGCUGGUCACCUGUGCCCCGGUGGACGCCAGCAAGUACCUGGUGGACCAGUGGCUGUUCGGCCGAGUGGGCUGCAAACUGAUCGCCUUCAUCCAGCUCACCUCGGUGGGAGUCUCCGUGUUCACCCUCACCGCGCUCUCUGCAGACAGGUACAAAGCCAUUGUGAAACCUCUGGAUAUCCACCAGUCUAGUGCUACGCUCAGUUUCAGAUUACGAGUCGGAGUGAUCUGGCUGCUCUCUGGGACUCUGGCCAUUCCCGAAGCCGUCUUCUCCGACCUGCACACCUUCACAACCAGCCACACCAACGAGACAUUCAAGACCUGUGCUCCUUACCCCCAGACCGGACAGCUGCAUCCCAAGAUCCACUCCACCGCCUCCUUCCUCAUCUUCUACAUCGUCCCGCUCUUCAUCAUAUCCGUCUACUACUGCUUCAUCGCUCGCAGUCUGGUCAGCAGCUCAGCGGACAUCCCUGCUGAGGGACACCUGCACCUCCAGAAACAGAUCAAGUCCAGGAAGCGUUUGGCCAAAACUGUGCUGGUGUUUGUUGGUUUGUUUGCGGUCUGCUGGCUGCCCAACCAUGUGAUCUACCUGUACCGUUCCUACCACUACGGCCAGGCAGACACGUCGCUGGGCCACUUCAUCGCCAGCGUGUGUGCUCGCAUCCUGGCCUUCACCAACUCCUGCGUCAACCCGUUUGCUUUGUACCUGAUGAGCAAAAGCUUCAGCAAACACUUCAACAAGCAGCUGCAGUGCUGCACCUCCCCAAGACGCAUGUACAGCCAGAACAGUGGGAGAACAAACAUCACCACCGUCUGAGGGAGUCUGUGAUUUGGUGAGGUUAACAUUUGUGCUUUAUCAGGACUCAAGUCACAUUCAGUUUCAGGGAACACAGUGAUAACAUGUUUAAAAAUAUCUUAGUUGUCAAAACAAAGAAAAUAAGAGGUGCUAUUUAAAACAAAAUGAUCAAAAGUCAAAUCCAGCUCCUUCAGAUCUAAAGCUGCUUGUUGCAAAUCCAAGAACAGUAUCUUUUCUGUUUACUUGAGAUGAGACUCUCUUUGUGCAUGUUCCCUGACAGCUAAGGCAUAAUAUUAACAAAGGUCCUGAUAGAUGGUUUCUCUGUAUUCUAAGUGUGUGCUGGUGGGGGAAAAAAAAAACAACUAUUUAUAUGUAAAAUGAGUAUUUUCAUGCAUCAUUUAUGGUUUGAAAUGAAAAUUAGAUGUGCUCAGGUGCCAUUUGUGCAGUAAACCAUUAAACAACCAGAUGAUUGGUUGUCUGUAUAUAGUUUUAUCUACAGUUUACCAUUAUUGAACUAGAAUGUCUCCAUAAACCUGUGACAUUGCAGUAUUAAACUCAUAAAAUAUAUGUAGUGAAGAUUUUGAAAGAAGUUCAAACGUAUUAUGUGUAUGUGACUGACUGACGGUGGAUGUAGCUGUGAAUUCUGGUGAAGAUGAAGGUCACUAAUUCUGUGUCAGCUCAGUUGUGAAAGAAGGUCACGAUCUGCCCUUCUGUUCCUGAGUUAUAGUGCUGAAUAAUGGCUACAAAGGUGUUUUUGCUGGACAUUGCGUUGUCAAAUGAAGCUGAUCUUUGGCUUCUUUAGAUAGAAAAUGCAACGACUUCUUCAUUUUUUUUCCUAUUGGACCUUUGUGUGAAAUGUUUCCAGAAUCACAGAGUAAAUUCUGACUUUCUGAACAAAACGCUCUGCAAGAUCCCCCCUGAUCUUUGACCUUUGAUCAGUCAGUUCAUCAUUCAGUGGGUUUUUGUGCAAGAAGAAGAAAUGCCCUCAAGGCAUUCCUGAGAAAUCUAGUUCAGAGAAACCGGACUGACAGGCACAAUGGAAACCUGAACACAAUGCCUCCAGCUGUAACUGUUGCUGAAAAAUAGGCCAAUAAAAAUGAGACGACGACGACGACAGUGGAGCAGAAAUUUCCUCUGACAUUUGAAACAGUCAAACUGCAGGCAGUAAUUACUGCUUAUCUCUUUACUGGAAAAGUUAUUACGCAAGAUUUAUUGGUAAUAAAGUUGUAAAAUGUUAUGAUGCUACAGCCCAAUAUCAUGCUUUAUGAUCGUAGUGAUGUAAAUGUAAUGUGAGGUACUUUUUGAUGCAUUGGUUAAUGUUUCUUUUGUUAGGCUAUUUGUUCAUUCUGAAUUAAGUGUUUAAAAGUAAUAUAUAUUCCUCUAAAUGUCUUGAUUCAAGUCGAUAUAUAAUAUGCCGUGUUGAAGUGAACUAACGCAGCUCAGUGUGCUGGAGGAAGCAUUACAGCAUGGAAAAAAUGUGAAUUAUAUUUCUAGAAAAAAAAAAUGUGUCAGAUUCAAAAAAGGAGGGAAUUAUUCUUUCAUGUUUUAAGUGUUUAAAAUGCAACUGUUACUCAGUGUUCUGAUUCAUCUGUUGAUUAUUUUCAUGAAUAUUUCAUUAAUUGUUGAGUCUUAAAAAAAUGUCAUAAAAUACAAUUUCUGAGUGUCUGUUUUUGUUUUGACCAAAAGUGCAAAAAUAAAAAACUUCAA